AUGGUUGCCGGUGCACUGGCAGUAGUUCUCCUGCCGGAUUUCCCUCGCUCUGGUCAGCAUAAAUGGUUGAACGAGCAAGAGCAGCGUUUCUUCCCAACUAUCGCCAGCACGCUGGGCUUUAGCAACAUUAUCACUCUUCUGAUCAUCGCGCCGGUGUAUAUGUUCGGGUUCUUCACAUCCCUUGCAAAUUCCUUGGUCGCCAAUUCCGUCGACUACCGUGCCAUCCUGAUCGUUUGGCCGCUUUGCCUGGAUGUCGUGGGAAAUGCCAUGGUCAUCUCCUCCCAUGUCACAGCUGUCCGGUACAUUGAAAUGUUUCUGAUGUGUGCUGGCUCGUAUUCUGCGUUCAACGUCGUGCAUGCGUGGGUUGCCAGCACCAUUCCACGUACCCGAACGAAAAGGGCGGUUGUAUAUGCUUUGGUAAACCUGUUCGGAAAUUCUUCGAAUAUUUACGGUUCUUACUUCUUCCCCACAUCCGAUUCUCCUCAAUAUCGCACCGGCGGCAUCAUUCUAUCCUCUUUUGCGGCUGGUGGAGUGGUGUCUUCUGUCGUUUUGGGUCUCUAUCUUCGUCGGUUGAAUGCCAAGGCACGUACAGCUGAGUGA